AUGAGCGGCGCUGUAACCGAAAGCGAAGCGGGGACAGAUGUCGAAGUGGAGGCGGAGGCAGCGGGCGGGGGCAUCCGGGACGGUGGCUUCCAGCGUGCCAAGCCCCCCAACUUAAACUCAGAUGACCCCCAGGACCGCAUCGCCGCCCGUCGCCUUCGCAUCACCGCCCGUCUGGAAGCGAAACGACGGGAGGCCCUUGGAGAAGAUCCAGAUGCAAAAAAACUUGUAGAGGAGGAACAGAACAGGAGCCAUAAGCAGAUAGAAGAAAGUAGACAGAGAUUGGCCAAACUGUUGCUUGAUGGCACACAGCUAGUAACAAAUAUCCAGGUGGCAGCUGAUGCUCGGGAGACACACAGGAGAUCAGAGGAAGAAGAGCUGACUCGGCAGAGGGUUGAGAAACUGGAAAAUGAAGCCAAGGCCAACCAGGACAAGUUUGAUGAGAUCACUGCCAAGUGGGCCAGUGCCAAGCAGAAGGCCAUCCCCCAGGAACUCUGGGAGGCUCUCAAUCUACAGCAGCAGCACUGUGCAUUGCUGAUUGAGGAGAAGAACAAGGUCAUUAGUGAGCUGCAACAGGAACUGAAGAGUAAAGAUGACCAGUAUGUGAAGGACCUUAGGAAACAGAAUGAAGACAUUAAUUUGCUUCUGGAGCGAAUGGAGGAGCAGAUCCGAAAUCUCAUUAAAAACUACCGUCGAGAGCUUCUGCAUAUAGAGAAAGCCUUUGAAUUAGAGCGCCGUGAACUUCUCACAAGCAACAAAAAGAAAUGGGAGCAAGCUAUGCAAACUCUCAACCGACAAGAGUUGGAUUUUAUGAUGGCUCGCUUGAAGAAGGUGGAGGAGUAUGAACAGGAGCUGAACCAACUGCGGGUGCAAGAUGCUGAGGAGUACAAUGUUAUAAAGAUCAAAUUGGAGCAUGAUGUGCAGAUCCUGGAGCAGCAACUCCAGCAAAUGAAAGCUAUCUACCAACUAAACCAAGAGAAGCUGGAGUACAACUUCCAGGUACUAAAGAAACGGGAUGAUGAGAACACCAUCAUCAAAUCCCAACAGAAGAGGAAGCUCAAUAGACUGCAUGAUGUGCUCAAUAACCUACGCCUGAAACUUGCCAAGCAGAUCAAGCAGUAUCGUGAGGAGAACCUGACACUGACAGCUGACUACAAGCGGAUUGUGGAGCAGUAUAAGGACUUGCAGAGAACAAUGAGACAUUUUGCCACUGUGGAUGCUGAACAUUUCCUGGAUGUAUGGCUGAUGAAUGAAGAAGAGGCCAAGGAGCUGAUUCGCAAAGCCUUUGAUGCUGACCAUGUCAUCCAUGCACAACAGCUGGGGUUGCCCUGGACUGAGCCUGAUGGCUGGUUCCUGCACAACGUGGGACCUAUCGUGCUUACUAAGAAGAUGAAAUCGGCCAAUGAGCUGGCCCAUGAGGUGAUCACGCUUGAUACAAACCAAUCAUCUCAGGAGGUCUCUUCCCCAUCAGAGGGCAGCCCACAAGAAGAGAAGGAAGCAGUCCCAGAAGAGGGUUGCAAAGAGGCUGUGGGAGUGGAACCAGAAGUGAAGACACUCUGGUCUAUUUCAUCCAAGACCAUAAAGCACAUCCUGGAACUCCUAUGUGAUGAGUCGGGCUUUCUGAUUGAGAGCAAGCUUCGGGGUCUCCUGCAACCUCUAGAGAAGCCUGAUCGCACUCUCAUGAAGCUGGACUCCAUCUUCACUGCCUUGUCCAUUGACAAUGAAGAUGACGUGUAUCGAAUGGUGGAGUUCUUCAUAAAUUUCAAGGCUCAGAAGAUGGCUGGUGCACAGGACCUGGAAGCUCUAGCAGUAGAUACAGUUGUCAAAGAAGCAUCUCAAGCUGCAAAGACUAUAGGAGAGGAGGAGUCUUCUGCAGAACCACAAGAGGAGCACAAAGGCUCCACAUUGACAGCAGUGCCCCUUUCUGUUCUUUAUAUGCAUCCCAAUGACAUUUUGAAGGCCCUCAAGGCAUUUGUGAAGGAAUUCCAAGGGCCAAGGGACAGACGGCCACAGAUUAAUAGAGCACAUGAAGAGCGGGACAACUCUAAGGACUCUGAAUAUUGGGAUGCAUUGGCUCACAUUAUCCCAGAUGGAAAACUGAAGCUGUGGGAUGCUCUGAUUAUUGGCUUGCAAAAAUACUACCACAUUCUGACUCAGAGGGCAAAGCUGAUUACGGAGACUGAUGGGCUGAAUCAGCAGAAUACAGAACUCAGGAUGCUGCUACAGCAAUAUUUACAAUCCCCGGUCAAUGCUGAGUUGCUCAUCCCACCUACCCACUUAUUGCAUCUGCAGAUGAAUAACCCAUGAUAGCCUCCUAUGCAAGAGGUGUGGGCUGGUUAUUUCCCCAGUAUUCUCAUUACUUGCCUGGACCAUGAAUUAUAGCCAUUCAGGUGAGCCCCACUUCAUUCCACAGAGGCAAGAGUGGGCAUAAGCAGCCUCAGCAUGUGGGUCCCUCAGCUGUUUUGAGGUGCUUGUUUAAAAACGCAUAGGUGAGUUGCCCCUGACUUAAACUGAGCCACACAGCUGUUUUCUAGCACGAUGGCAGAACUGAUGUAGAGAUUUAUUUGAAAACUAAGGCACAUUAAACCUGCUUUGCAAACAUCCUG